GCCUAUCUCUUUACGAGAUCAUCCCAGAACGGUUUUUUACCGGUAGCUCGGCAACGUGUCGAGAGAGACAGGUUCGGCGUUGGCCGACGGCCUAGACAGGCUGGAUCUGAGUCAACUGUCUGAAUCAACGCCCUCGUCAUCUGCGUCCGACUCGUUCGAUAUGUCGUCAUCGGAAGGCGCCCCGGAGUCAUGGAUCUCCUCUUUCUGCUCCCUGAUGGGCCACGAGUUCUUCGCUGAGGUGUCGGAGGAUUUCAUCGAAGAUGACUUCAAUCUGACGGGGCUGCAGUCGCAGGUGCCCAUGUACAAGGAGGCAUUGGAGAUGAUCCUAGAUGUGGAACCAGAGGAGGAUGAUGAAGAAGAAGAAGAGGAGGAGGAAGAGGAAGACGAGGAUGAAAUACUGGGAGAUGAAAAGCCGCCCGGAUAUCGGCGAGCGGGAGAUCGAAGGCACGCACGGGUGGCUAGCGACCUGAGCGUAAUUGAGAGCUCUGCUGAGUUGCUCUACGGUUUAAUUCAUCAGAGGUAUAUCACUUCGCGACCAGGAAUCCAGCAGAUGCUGGAGAAGUACGAAAUGCAGCAUUUCGGCGUCUGCCCCCGCGUCUACUGCAAUGGAUGCAAAGUUCUACCCGUUGGUCGAUCCGAUACUCCAGGCCAAGAAACAGUGAAACUCUUUUGUCCGAGCUGCCAGGAUCUGUAUACGCCGCCGAACAGUCGAUUCCAUUCUGUUGACGGUGCCUUCUUUGGGACUACCUUUGGAUGUUUGUUUUUCAUGACAUUCCCUGAUUUGGACGUCGGUCCUCGGCUAGACAACCCUCUCGUAUCGCCGCCGCGGUCAUCCUCCGCAAAUAACCAGGUGUCGCCUGAUGUCCCACCUGCUCAUCAACCGACAGAGAUCAACGGAGUGCGGACGGCCAAUUUCUGCCCCGGGCUUGGACCGGGAAAGAUCUACGAGUCGCGGAUUUACGGAUUCCGAGUUUCUGAAAGGUCUCGGACAGGACCACGCAUGAAAUGGCUACGGAUGAAGCCCACCAAUGUUGAAGAACUCGAUGAGAUGGCUCGAUUUGAAGCAACUCAUAGGGAUGCCGACAAUGACGGCGAUACAGAAAUGGGCGCCGCUCCUGCGGGAGGAGCGCAGAACCCAGCGAUAGCAAAAAGGAAAAAGGCACCUAUGCGGAGACGGCGGUACAACCCUGAUCAAAUGAGCAUUAACGGCGCCGAGGCGGUAUAAACGAGCAACAGAUCUCUUAUUUAAAAAAAAAAAUAGUGUGGACGUGAUGGAAGCGCGCAUGUGUUGACUUUUGUGAAUUUUUUUACCUCAUUGGUCCUCAGUCCUCUCACAUCUACUGGCGCUUU